GCCCGGAAGUAGUUGAAACCGGUAUAUUCCCAGCCUUUUUCACAAAAAUCCCUAUGCUUUGAGGAAAAACGCAGACGAAAUGGAAGGACUUAUUCCAGUUAUCAAUAAGUUGCAAGAUGUCUUCAAUACAGUAGGAUCAGAGACUAUUUUACUGCCACAGAUCGUUGUAAUUGGCAACCAGAGUUCCGGUAAAAGUUCUGUGGUAGAGAGUCUGGUUGGGCGUGACUUCCUUCCUCGAGGGACAGGUAUUGUGACAAGGCGCCCUCUGGUGCUGCAGCUCGUCCAUGUGGCCAAAAAUGAUGCUGAGUCCAGAAAGGUAGAAGGUGGAGGAACUGUAAAGGCGGAGGAAUGGGGGAAAUUUUUGCACACAAAAGAAAAAAUUUAUACUGACUUUGAUGAGAUCAGACGAGAGAUAGAAAAUGAAACAGAUCGGAUGUCUGGAAUAAACAAGGGAAUUAGUCAAGAUCCCAUCAACUUGAAGAUAUUUUCACCAAAGAUUGUGAACCUGACCCUGGUGGACUUGCCAGGGAUGACCAAAGUCCCAGUGGGAGACCAGCCUCAAGACAUUGAGGGACAAAUAUAUGAACUCUGUUUAAAAUACAUAAGCAAUCCAAAUUCAAUCAUUCUAGCUGUAAGUGCAGCCAACACAGACAUGGCCACUUCAGAGGCGCUGAAACUGGCCAGGGAUGUGGAUGUUGAUGGUCGUCGCACUUUGGCCGUGGUGACCAAACUUGACCUGAUGGACCAUGGGACAGACGCUAUGGAUGUUUUAUGUGGACGAGUGAUCCCUGUCAAGCUCGGUAUCAUAGGUGUAGUCAACCGUAGUCAGGCCGACAUCAAUUCAGCCAAGGAUUUAACAUCUUGUGUGAAAGACGAGGGUGCAUUUUUACAAAAGAAGUACCCAUCAAUAGCUAGUAGAAAUGGCACACACUACCUAGCUAAGACAUUAAAUAGAUUACUCAUGCAUCACAUACGAGACUGUUUACCCGAGCUAAAGACGCGAGUGAACAUUCUUAUGGCACAGUUCCAGUCCCUUCUCAUCUCAUUUGGAGAACCAGUAGAAGAUAAGGGUCAGCUGUUAUUACAGAUCAUCACGAGAUUUGCCUCAGCUUACUGCAGCACAAUAGAGGGAACCUCUAAAUACAUUGAAACUUCAGAACUAUGUGGUGGAGCUAGAAUUUGUUAUAUAUUUCACGAGACGUUUGGUCGUACUUUAGAAUCUGUAGAUCCACUAGUAGGCCUAACAACAAUGGACGUUCUGACAGCUAUUAGGAAUGCAACGGGUACCAGACCUGCCCUUUUUGUACCAGAAGUGUCAUUUGAACUGCUAGUAAAGAGACAAAUCCGACGAUUAGAAGAUCCCAGUCUUCGCUGCGUAGAACUUGUCCACGAGGAAAUGCAGCGGAUAAUUCAACACUGUGGCACACAGCAAGAGAUGUUGCGGUUCCCGAAACUACAUGAGAAGAUUAUUGAUGUGGUGACACAGCUAUUACGUCGUAGACUGCCACCCACUAACAGCAUGGUGGAGAACAUUGUAGGAAUAGAGCUAGCUUAUAUCAACACCAAACACCCAGACUUCCACGAGGUCCAUUUAGUACAGAAAAGCAUGACAGAGAAUACAGAGCUUCCAAAAACCAUCCACAAGGAACUGAUGGAAGCACGACAAAGUGAGGAGGCUAGAGACCAAACCAAGGAAAAAAAGGUACUCAAUAGUUCAACAAUUACAAAUUUCAUCAAGAACAAAAACCUGCAAGAUAAGCUUGAGUUGGGAACAGCCAGUGCUCCCAGUAGUGUGGCAGGGUCUCCAGCUCAUGGUAGGAAGGGGGUCAACCUCUUGUCCGACGUGCCCACCUCAGAGUUUGCCAGAAAGCUUUCAGCUCGAGAGAGGCGAGACUGUGAAGUAAUAGAGUGUCUGAUCCGGUCCUAUUUCCUCAUUGUGCGUAAGAAUAUCCAGGACACCAUUCCCAAGGCCAUCAUGCACUUUCUGGUGAAUCAUGUCAAGGACAACCUGCAGAGUGAGCUAGUCAGUCAGCUGUAUAAGAAGGAAGAGUUUGAAUACUUACUUGAGGAGUCACAUCACGUCUCGGCACGCCGUAAGGAGGCCCAGGACAUGCUCAAGGCUUUACAGAGAGCGAGUCACAUAAUUGGGGAGAUCCGUGAGACCCACCUAUGGUGAUAAGUGCCUGCUGGAGUGUGAUAUAGACUUAGUGCUGGUGACCACCUCUGUUGUGUGUACAGUCGUGUGGUCUCUAAAUACAAAACUGGAUUUGAUGCCAAUCAUCUCUUAAUUGUUGUGCAAAAUUCAAAUUAGCUUUGUAAUUUUCAGACAUUGUAUGAAUAGUUUUAUCUUGUGACUCACAAUCUGACCUGUUUAUUUCAGAAUUUAUAUUAAAAUGUUAAAAAAAA